CAGGUGCGGCGCGGAGCUGGGCCGGCGGGCGGGCGGACUCGAGGCCGCGGGCGGGCGGCUGCGACGCCGCGUUGGGUCGCGCUCGGCGGGUAGGCCGCGGUGGCCGCAUCAGUGCUGACGUGGGGCGACGUGGGCCGGCGCCGGUCCCGGUGGGGCUUGUCGUCCCACCUCCUCGCGUCCGUAAGCAGUGACGAGGCCCGCUACGUAAAUCGCUUCGCGGCGGCAGUGGAUUCUGCUGUUCAUUGACUGAAAUAGACGAAAGCAGGCACCAGGAUAAAUAAAGAAGAAAACGAAGGAGCAAAGCAUUGACUACAAAUGUCUUAAUAAUGAGCAAGUGUGGCAGGAAAAAAUAUAUUAAAACAAAUCUAAGACAAAUGACCAUGGAAAUUGACUCUCAGCAGGAUGGAAGUAUACCAGAUUCUGUGGCAGAGAGCGAAUCUGCUCACAUGCAGAUGCAGACUGGUCAAAAUUCAAUCCCCACUUUAGCUCAGGUUUCUGUAGCUGGGUCAGGCACCGGAAGAGGCUCCCCAGCUGUAACUCUAGUACAGUUACCUUCAGGCCAAACUGUACAUGUCCAGGGAGUAUUUCAGACACCACAGCCAUCGGUUAUUCAGUCACCACAAUUACAGACUGUUCAGGUAGCAACAAUUGCAGAGACAGAUGAGUCUGCAGAAUCAGAAAGUGUAAUUGAUUUUCAUAAACGCAGAGAAAUCCUUUCACGAAGACCCUCUUACAGAAAAAUACUGAAUGAACUUUCCUCUGAUGUGCCUGGUGUUCCCAAGAUUGAAGAAGAAAAAUCCGAGGAAGAAGGGACGUCACCUAAUAUCGCUGCAAUGGCAGUGCCGACUAGCAUAUAUCAGACUAGCACGGGGCAAUACAUUGCUAUAGCCCAAGGUGAAGCAAUCCAGAUUUCUAACCCAGGAUCUGAUGGUGUUCAGGGACUGCAGGCAUUAACAAUGACAAAUUCAGGAGCUCCUCCGCCAGGUGCUACAAUUGUACAGUACGCAACACAGUCAGCAGAUGGCACACAGCAGUUCUUUGUCCCAGGCAGCCAGGUGGUGGUUCAAGAUGAGGAAACUGAACUUGCCCCAAGUCACAUAUCUGCCACCACUGGUGACAUGCCGACUUACCAGAUCCGAGCUCCAACUACUGCUUUGCCACAGGGAGUAGUGAUGGCUGCCUCGCCGGGAAGCCUGCACAGUCCCCAGCAACUAGCAGAGGAAGCAACACGCAAACGAGAGCUGAGGCUAAUGAAAAAUAGAAAUUCCACUUGGGGAUGUGGUCCUAUCGUUUCGGUUACUGAAAAUCUUGCUGGUCACUGUGACCAUGGGACGUGUGCCCUAAGAAAACACCAUUUACAACGGAUGCCGGGCGAAUUGUUGUGCUCUGCCGUCGUUCCUGCUGUCUUAGGGUAACCUCCCAACGAGGCAUGUGCUCGGUUACGACUGUUGUGUGGCUCCGUGCGGACAUCCCCAAGGACUGACCGGCAGUUGAGUCUGGGGGGCAGAGACUCACAAGCCGCUCUGGAUUGUGCUGAGAGGUUGUUCCUGUUGUCAUUUGCCUUGUGUUGGUUCCAGGGAAGCUGCCCGGGAGUGUCGCAGGAAGAAGAAAGAAUAUGUCAAAUGUCUUGAAAACCGUGUGGCUGUGCUUGAAAACCAGAACAAGACUCUCAUUGAGGAACUCAAGGCCCUCAAAGAUCUUUACUGCCGUAAAGCAGA